CGUCUCAGUCGUCUCUAUUUGAAACUUGCUCAGAAUGGCGCCGGCAGCGAUUCCACUGCUGUUGGACACGUCCAUCCGCGACUGGGUGCUCAUCCCCAUCGUCAUUGUCAUGUUCUUGCUUGGCAUUGUGCGCCACCACAUCACCGAGCUGCUCAAGUCGGACAGGAUUGACGACAAGGCUGCCAAAGCGGCGCUCGACGGACAAGGACUUCUCCGCGCUCGAGUGCUCCGUGCGAACGGCCGGUUUCUGUCGCCGCUGGCCUUCCAGAUGCGCAAGAACUUUUUCACUCAAGCCGAUGGCGGAGAUGACAGCAAGAAGGGCUGGCUGAUGCAGGAGCGUCCCAAGCCCGCCAACCCGAUGGGCGACCCGUCGCAAAUGAUGGGCAUGCUCAAGAACAACAUGUCCUUUGUCAUCCCCCAGAUGCUCAUCAUGGGCUGGAUUAACUACUUUUUCUCUGGAUUCAUCGCGACUCGCGUUCCCUUCCCUCUCACUGUGCGCUUCAAGAUGAUGCUUCAGCGCGGUAUUGAGCUGCCCACUUUGGAUGCUUCGUGGGUCUCGUCGUUGAGCUGGUACUUUUUGGCCGUCUUUGGCGUUCGCGGACUGCACACGCUGGUGCUUGGCGAAGGCAAUGCCGCUGACCAAUCGAUGAACAUGCAACAAAUGGCGGGCAUGGGAAUGACCCCAAACCCGACGGUGGACAUGAACCAAGUCUUCAAGGCCGAGCGAGAAAACCUCGACCUGUGCGUGCACGAGUACGCGCUCGCCAACAUUGAGCGCGCCUUGCUCGAUACCGCAUCAGUCUCGGCAACUUCCACGACCAGCAAGCUCAAGCAACAUUGAAGCCAUUGCCCAGGUCAACUACUCUCCAUUCUUGUCUUGAAAUUUGUACAAUAAAACGAAACAUUGCUGCAA